AUGGCUCAUCCAAUAGGCAGGGUAGGGGUGCUGGAAGGACCAGGCGGCCUGAUGAUCGAGCAAUCACUGAUAUUCAAGUUUAAGGUUAGUAACAAUCAAGCUAAGUAUGAGGCGUUGUUAGUUGGGUUGGAGUUAGCACGAGACCUGGGGGCAGAACGUGUAGAGUGUCGGACGGAUUCUCAGUUGGUCGAAGGGCAUAUGAAGGGAACAUUCCAAAUUAAGGAUGAUCAAUUGCUACAGUAUGUUCACAAGGCUAAGCAGUUGAAGGCAUUUUUUGAAUUUGUUGAAAUUAGGCAUGUACCUCGAAAGGAGAACUCCCGAGCGGACAUGUUUUCCAAGCUGGCCAGUGGAAAAGAAAAGGGCCACUUGUCUUCAGUAAUAAGACAAGUGUUGGAAAAACCGACCGUGGAGUGUUUCGCUAUAUCCAGUUCGGGAAUGAAGACAGGUUGGACGGGGGAAAUAAUCCAGUUAAUCAAAGAGCAAGACGAAGGAGGGAGUCUUCGGGUCGCGGACACGAAGAAGAUUGCUGGAUAUUGUUUAGUGGGCGACGAUCUGUACAGACGGGGUUAUACAACGCCUUUGUUGAAGUGUUUGGAGGGUGAAGAGGCAGAGUAUGUAGUGAGGGAGUUGCAUGUGGGUAUAUGCGGUCGGCAUACGGGUGGCCGAGCCCUUAGGGCUAGGAUCCUCCGAGCGGGAUACUUUUGGCCAACGUUGGAGGAGGACUGUAUGGCCUUUUCCCAAAAAUGUUUGGCGUGCCAAAAAUAUGGGAAUGUCUUCCAUGCACCAGCCUCUGAAUUACAUAACAUUGUUUCUCCUUGGUCGUUCGCUCAAUGGGGAAUGAACAUUGUUGGGCCAUUCCCGGUCGAAAGAGCAUUCGGGAUACCAAAGACCAUUGUGACUGACAAUGGUCGAAAGUUCAUAGACAAGAAACUAAUGAACUUUUACAAGGAGUUAGACAUCUCAGCUGUGACGAGCUCGGUUGAACACCCACAGACAAACGGUCAAGCAGAGGCAACCAAUAACAUUAUCGUUCAAGAGUUGAAGAAACGUCUUGGCCCCGCUAAAGAAGGAUGGGUAGAUGAGCUGGAUCAGGUUUUAUGGGGAUACCGAUGCUCCCCACAUGGCUCUAUAGGAGAGUCGUCGUUCAAUUUAAUCUAUGGAAGUGAUGCUAUGUUACCCGUGGAGGUGGGCGAGCCAACCGUUCGGCGAAUGGCAAAUGAUAUGGAUGCAAAUGAAGAAUGCCUGAGAAAGGAUUUAGAUGUGUUGGAGAAAAGAAGAAGGGUGGCGGUCGUAAAGAAUGAAGCUAAAAAAAGACUAGUAGCCCAAAGGAAUAGUACAAAGGUACGACCAAGACAAUUUGCGGAGGGUGAUUUAGUAUGCCGCAAAACGGCAGACGCAAGGAAGAAGCCAGAGGAAGGGAAGUUAGUUGCUAACUGGGAUGACCCGUACAUAAUACGCGAAGCCCUACAGAACGGUGCUCAUAGACUAUAA